CAGGUUCCCUGAAAGGCGCGCACCCGGCGGGACCCACCCAGUCCAGCGCUCUCUCUGCUCCAGCCUAGUUGCCUGCACCGGACCCUGCACCGCCAUGCCCAAGUGCCCCAAAUGCGAAAAGGAGGUGUACUUCGCUGAGAGGGUGACAUCUCUGGGGAAGGACUGGCAUCGGCCUUGCCUGAAGUGUGAGAAAUGUGGAAAAACACUGACCUCUGGGAGCCAUGCCGAGCAUGAAGGCAAGCCCUAUUGCAACCACCCCUGCUACGCCGCCAUGUUCGGGCCCAAAGGCUUUGGGCGAGGUGGAGCUGAGAGCCACACUUUCAAGUAAACCCAGGUUGCGAAGGCCCCAUCCCUGGCCGCCCGCCGGACCACUGCCCCUCUGGGCUGAUGCCCGGCCUUAACCCCAGGCACUUGGGGCUCCCCUGAGGACCCCAUGCCCUCAAUAAACCGAACACCGGGAAGA